UGUGUGUGAACGUAAAAAUUUCCGGUAUCAUUCGCGAUUAGUGUGGCGUUUGGAAUUUCAGAUGGUUAAAUAUGCCUAAAAGUCGAAGGAAUAAUCAGAUUAUUGCAGUUGCUGCCAUAUAUACUUAUAAAAAAAUAUUGGAAAAGUCUAAACAGCGAAACAGAACGGAAUGGGUCAAACAAUGGAAACAAGAUCGUGAGGUGAGGUACACGGACAUAUGCCACUUCUACGUCAAUUGAGAGAAAAUUACCCAGAUGACUAUAAGAAUUACUUAAGAAUGGAUUCGACCACAUUUGAUAAAUUAUUAGAACUUGUUGGUCCCAAAAUUGUGAAGCAAGAUACUGUAAUGAGACAGAGUAUUAGUCCGGAGGAAAGAUUAACGGCAACGCUAAGAUUUUUGGCAACGGGUCGAUCACUUCAAGAUUUGAGUUUCACCACAGACAUUGGUACAUCAACUCUUUGUGAUUUGAUCCCGGAAACUUGUAAGGCCAUGUUUGAGUCUUUGAAAGGAGAAUCCAUGAAAUUUCCAACUUCUAAAGAAGAAUGGCUUAAUAUUUCUAAGGGAUUUCAAGACAGAUGGCAUUUCAUAAACUGUGGAGGAGCUUUGGACGGUAAACACAUCAGAAUAGUGCCUCCUCCUUAUUCAGGAGCGCAAUACUACAAUUAUAAAAACUUUUAUUCAAUAGUUUUGAUGGCGCUAGUGAAUUCAAAUUACGAAUUUAUUUUUGUGGAUGUGGGAAAAAACGGAAGACUAUCAGAUGGUGGUGUUAUCGAGUACACGGACUUUUACGAUAAAUUAAUGAAGUCAGAACUCAGUUUACCAGAUAACUUCGAAACUGUUAAUAAUUUAAACUAUGUGUUUAUGGACGAAGCGUUUAGUCUACAUGAACAUUUUUUUAAAACCAUUUCCACAAAAGGAACUUGAUUAUGCAAAACGAAUCUUUAAUUAUAGAUUGUCCAGGGCAAGGAACGUAACAGAAAAUGCUUUUGGUCAAAUAGCAGCUAAAUUCAGAAUUCUCCACACAGCAAUAAACAUGGCUCCCACAAAAAUAAAAUAUGUAGUAUUAGCUAUUUGCGCAUUACACAAUUUUUUGUUAAAACUAAAAACACCAUAUGUAUCAAGUUCAACUUUCGAUCAGUAUAAUGCCGAUGGAUGUAUUCAAAUGGGGGACUGGAGAAAUAAUAAUGUAGAUAUGGUCAAUCUACAGCCAUGUAUCACAGCGAGAAAUGCUAGUUCAUCAGCAAAAAUAGUUCGUGAAGCUUAUAUGCAUUAUUUCAAUGGAGAUGGAAAAAUAGACUUUCAAGAUGAAAUGCUUCGAAAAGGAAAAGCAUAAACUUUUUGUUAAUUAAAUAAGUACCUUCAUCUAUCAUUACUUGAAAGGGUAUCCAGUUGUACGAAUGCCUAUUACCUGUGUAAUAAAAUAACAUGUCAGAUAAACUUA